AUGCCGGACACGAAUACGGAAACCGUGGCGGAACACGCAUUGGCGCUUUAUUUUGCGGUCAAGAGAGAUGUGGUUAGUAUGCAUGAGUGGACGAUGAGGGCGGAACAGUGGGCGAGUCAGGGAACGGGCAUUCUGGGAAUGAAUACUUGGGAAGGUGGCGGCGCGAGGAGUUGUCGAAGUGAGGUUGUGGGAAUUGUAGGCGGUGGGAAGAUUGGACUUGCAAUGUCCAACCUCUGUACCGCUCUCGGAAUGAAAGUACUUCUCUCCGAGCGCAAAUCCAUUCCCCAAGCGCAAGCACGCGCGGGCCGAACCGCCUUCUCCUCCAUCCUCACUCAAUGCACCACCAUUAUUCUCACCUGUCCUCUCUCCCCGGAAACUCAGAAUCUCAUUUCCGCGCCUGAAUUAUCGCUGAUGCGUCGCGAUGCUAUUCUCGUGAAUGUAGCCCGCGGCGGAGUGGUAAAUGAAGCCGAUUUGGCGAGGGCGCUGGAUGGCGGAGAGAUUUUGGGAGCGGCGACGGAUGUUUUUGAAAGGGAACCGGUGGAGAGGAGAGGAAGUCCGUUGGUUAGGGGGAGGGAGAAGAGAGAUCCUCAUGUGGCUUGGUUUGGGAGGGAUAGCCAGGAGAAAUGUGUUAAGGCUAUUGCUGAGAUUUUCGAGGGGUAUCUGAAGGGGGAGAAGGUCAAUUUUGUGGUUUGA